AUGGGGACCAUCAUCCACAAUCUUUCUGCCAUGGCCAUUCUUGUGGGUUCCCUUCUUUUCUUUCAACCAUUCUUUCCCGGGGCUGUUCAUGCCGCCGAGUUCAAUUACAAAGAUGCCCUCACCAAAUCUCUUAUUUUUCUUGAGGCUCAACGCUCCGGCAAGCUCCCGCCCAAUCACCGCCCCGCUUGGAGAGGCGACUCUGCCCUCGACGAUGGAAAACUUGCCAAUGUAGACCUAGUAGGAGGGUAUUACGACGCCGGAGACAACGUGAAGUACGGACUUCCGAUGGCUUUCACGGUAACAACUCUAUCAUGGGGAGCUUUGACUUACCCAACGGAGCUGGAAGCCGCCGGCGAAAUGGAAAAUCUUAAAGCCGCCAUCAGAUGGGGCACCGAUUAUUUCCUCAAGGCCUCUUCUCAUCGCGAUCGUUUAUAUGUCGAGGUCGGAGACCCAGUUAAGGAUCACGAGUGUUGGGUUAGACCUGAAAAUAUGAAGACUCCAAGGACCGUAUUGCAAAUUAAUUCCGAGACCCCAGGUACAGAAAUUGCUGCCGAAACCUCCGCCGCCAUGGCUUCGUCUUCCAUGGUCUUCCGAAGCUCCAAUCAAACAUAUGCUCGUCUUCUUCUCAACAAAGCUAAAACGCUUUAUAAAUUUGCAAAAGCUCACAAGGGAACUUACGAUGGCGAGUGCCCUUUCUAUUGCUCGUACUCGGGCUACAAUGACGAGUUGUUGUGGGCUGCAACAUGGCUAUACGUCGCAACGAGGAAGUCGGUUUAUUUGAAGUAUGUUCAAGAAGAGUCGAUUAGUGCUAGUGUAGCUGAAUUCAGCUGGGAUCUCAAAUAUGUUGGAGCUCAAGUUCUUCUUUCGAAGUUAUAUUUUGAAGGAGAGAAGGGUUUAGAGACGUUCAAAAAUCAGGCAGAUAGCUAUAUUUGUUCUAAUCUUCCGACCAGCCCGUACCACCAAAUUUACGUGUCUCCAGGUGGAAUGGUUCACAUGAGAGAUGGAGCGAAUACGCAAUAUGUUACGGGUACGGCGUUCGUGUUUAGUGCUUAUAGCGAUAUCCUUGCAGCCUAUAAACAAAACGUUAAAUGUAGUGACCAGCAGUUUGACCCAGCCCAUCUCAUGACCUUUGCUAAGAAACAGAUGGAUUACUUGUUGGGGGACAACCCACUAGGAAGAUCGUUUAUGGUAGGGUUUGGGAACAACCCACCAACGCAGGCGCACCAUCGCGGCGCGUCGGUGCCAGUGAUGCCAGCCAACGCAGAAGUGAACUGCCCAAUGAGUUUCGUGAACUGGCUGAACAAGGACACGCCGAACCCCAACGAGCUGACGGGCGCAAUUCUGGGCGGCCCCGACCGCAACGACAAGUUCUUAGACAAGCGUACGGUGUCACCCAUGACGGAGCCGGUGACUUACACCAACUCCAUGGCGGUGGGAGUGCUGGCAAAGCUGGCGGCCCACAAAAUCACAUGAAAAAUAAAACCUUAUUUAAUCCUUAGGCGGUUUUGAAUCGCUAAUUGUUAGAACAGUACAGAAGAUGUGAUUGGUGGGUUACUAGAAAGGAGAGAUUCUGAGAUUUGGGGAUUAAAAUGUGUUAAUUAUUUUUAUAUUCAUGUUUCUAAUAUUUUAUAU